AUGUCGCUCCUCAGCCAGACCUACGAUAUAGCCUACAACCCUCGCAACACAAAAUGGAUAGCGCCCUUGCUUCUGGUGGCAGAUGCAGCGCUCUGCGGAAUCAUCAUAGAUAAAGUUGCUUACACCGAAAUCGACUGGAUGGCAUAUAUGCAACAAAUUGAAAUCUACUUGAAAGGAGAGAGAGAUUACAAGAACAUUGUGGGCGGCACAGGGCCGUUGGUAUACCCUGGCGCGCACGUCUGGAUCUACAAGCAACUGUAUCGCCUCACAGACCAGGGCCGCGACAUACAAAGGGCACAGUAUAUUUUCGCGUUGGUGUAUCUGGGCACCCUUGCCAUUGUUUUCCAAUGUUACCGAAAGGCAAAGGUUCCACCAUAUGUCUUCCCUCUACUUAUUCUGUCGAAGCGACUCCACAGUAUUUUUGUGUUGAGAUGCUUUAAUGACUGCUUCGCUGUUCUUGGCCUGUGGGCUGCGAUUUACUGCUACCAGCGCAAUCAAUGGCAUCUUGGUAGCUUCUUCUACACAACGGGCUUGAACGUUAAGAUGAGCUUGUUGCUGCCAUUGCCAGCCAUGGGUAUCUUGAUGAUUCAGGCCCUGGGAAGUAGAGAAGCAAUGACGCAGGCAAUGAUCAUAUUUCAGGUCUCGAUUCUUUUUGGUUAUCCGUUCAGGAAGCAAAGCUUCAGCUAUUUUGGACGAGCUUUUGAGUUCACCAGAGCAUUCUUCUACAAGUGGACCGUCAACUGGCGCUUCGUCUCGGAAGACACGUUCCUAUCGAAACCGUUUGCUCUCAGCCUUCUGGCUGCCCAUGCUGGCCUGCUUCUGUUCUUCGCCUAUACGCGCUGGAUCAAGCCUUCCAAGCGCACACCCCGCCAGUUCCUCAAGCUUCUGAUGCCUGCACGGGAACCCAGAGACCAAGACAUCAUGACGAAGAGGAUAACACCGGAAUUCAUCAUGACAACCAUUCUGACAGCAACGGCUAUCGGUAUGCUUUGCGCGAGGUCGCUGCACUACCAGUUCUACGCGUACGUUGCGUGGACGACGCCGUUUCUGCUAUGGAAAGCAGGGUUUCACCCUGUUGUGCAGUACGCACUCUGGGGCGCGCAGGAAUGGGCGUGGAACGUGUACCCGAGUACACCCAUCAGUUCGGCAACCGUGGUCGGCGUACUGGCUGUGACCGUAGCGGGCGUGUGGUGGGGUACGCGGAACGAGUUUGCGGGGGCGACAAAGGGCAUCAUUGAGGAUGAGCACGAGCACGCAGAAUGA